GUUCAACUUCAACUAGAAGUUCAAGUUCGAAUUCAUUCGAUUUCUCGUCUAACUAAGUAUGGCUACAAGUUCCGGAGGUGCACAGAAGGACAAUAAGUUUCAGUUUAGGGAGCUGGAUAGGAUAUGUGCGUCUUUAAAGAACAGUGAGGUGCAAGAUUUGCUGAUGAAAUGGGGAAUGAAGGGUCGGAUGUUUGUGCAGUAUUUCAGCUAUGACCAACUAUUUCAAGCUUAUCAGAAGGAUGACUUUAUUUUGGAUUUCUUCAAAGACCCCGUUGUCAUGGCAACCCUAGGUACACUAUCAGACAGUGGAUCUUGGGGUCCUCCUGGAUUCGCAGCAGAGAAGGUGGAGGUUGUGCAAGUUCCUUGUUCUGUGACCUCGAUGACCUUCUUUGAUCGUUUAGAGGGGGAGGAGCUUGUGAGAGAAGGUGGCCGCAUUGUCAAGUGCUUUGAUGAGUUUUACGAGGAUUUCACGAUAUCGGAUGAAGUCAGAAAGAUGAUUCUCCUUGAAGAUUCUGAUAAUUAUGAGGUCUACUCUGAGCUGGAGAGGGAGCAGUUCCUCUUCCGUCUCUUUGAGCAUCUAUGCCUUGGUGGUUCUCUGUGCCAGUAUGAGGAUAGCAUCACACCCUACCUGGAUACCACUAAACUACUCUACAAAGAUCUUGUCAGUGUCCAAAAGGAUUCAUCCACCAAGGAACUGAGGGUCAUAUCCCAUGUAUUCAAGGUGAAAGCCUGGGAUAAAGACAAUUACCAGUUUUACCCUUGUGACCAAGAUCAUCGGCAGACCUUUGCAUACUUCAUCGUAGAUCCCCUGAAAAGACAUGUUGGUGUUCUCUACCAUCGCUUUGGGAGUGGUGUCUUCACAUAACCCCAGCCAGCAUAUGUUCUCCAGCAUUGAACGUUAUGAAAGUGUACGAACAGUUUUUGCCGAUUCGUCGUCCAUUUCCUAUGGAGGGAUGCUUACAUAUAUGUACACGUUGUCCAUCAUUGGUUUGGGAGUAGUGUCUUAUCAUCAGAAAUUUGGUUGGAAAAGACUAUUGACAGACCUUUGCAUACUUUGAGAAGACAAGCCAGUGUUCUCCACCAUCUCUAUGGGGGUGGUGUCUUUACAUAACGACCUGCAUAUGAUUGCCUGUAUGGUAUCGUGGCUCAUUCCCUUUUAGCAGAUGCUGACAUGCAUCAACCAUCUUAGUUAACAGAGCGUCCACCUCACAAAGGGAAAUUUGGAAGUUCUAGCCCCUGCCGAGUUAGACCAGAAGAUGUUAAAAGACGAGAGUUGCUACCUCCCUGUCUGGUGUAAUGAUUCAAGGGAUAGAUAAAAUUUGAUCUGGCAAUGCUCAACGACUGCUAGGUUCACGAUCAAUUGGGCAAAAUAAAUUUUUUAAGAUUUC